AUGGCCGUUGCGGGACGAGGGAGCGUAAGAAGAGGAGGAGAAUUAGAUAGUUGGAAGAAUGCGGUUCCACGCAGACGAACAGGGACAAUGAGAAGAAGAAGUAGAAGAAGUAGAAGAAGAGGAAGAGGACGAAGACGAAAUAUGAAGCUGAGAAGAAGAAGAAGAAAUGAAGUCGAAGUUGAACGAAGAAGAAAAGUUGCUGUUCUUAUUUCCCGAUCGGGCGAGCCUCGAGCUGCUCGCGGUAUUGAUGGCGUAUCGCGCGCGUCACAAACCUUGGACCCCCGCACUAAGCCCACACACUAA